AUGGAUAUCGCUCCGGAUCAAUUCCAGGAUGCGGCGCUACAAUACCUAGUAAAUCCUCUGGAUGCUACUCAAAUAUCAGAUGGUAUAGACGGUUCAAGUCACGAUAACCGCCCACCGAUUCCGGGUGAAAGCUGCGAGAUCUACACUUUCGUUGAUGAAACAAUCGUCCCUUCAACACCACCAAAGUCUCACCCAUAUCUACUCGUCAACAUUGGUUCAGGAGUAUCCUUCUUUCAGGUCACAGAAAACAAUCAGUGCCAACGUAUUUCAGGCUCUUCAUUUGGUGGUUCAGCACUAUGCGGUCUGCUUCUCUUGCUCACCAGAUCGCGUACCUACGAAGACAUGCUGGAGCAAGCAGAAAAGGGCAACAACGCAAACGUCGAUAAACUGAUCGGAGACAUUUACGGAAUGGACUACAACAGAAUCGGCAUGAAGAUGACGGCUGUUGCAUCGACAUUCUGCAAGGCUUUCAGUUUGGAGCAUAGACCUGACGCUGAGGUAGAGGCUCAGAAUGAUGAGAACCCUGCGGACAUUAAAUCUUUUUCUGAUGCUGAUAUUUGCCAUUCUUUGGUUUUUGCUGUCUUCAACAAUAUUGGUCAACUUGCCACGCUGCAUAGUCGUAUCCAUGGUAAUCCGGAUAUCUACUUUACUGGACCUUAUGUUCAAAACUGUCAACUACUUAUCAGGACGUUGUGCAUCGCAGUACGUUAUUACUCCCAGGGCGAGAAGAAGGCACAUGUUGUGGUAAAUCAAGGGCAAGCUGCAGAUUUGAGCACAUAA